AUGGCUUCUUGGAACGGCAACGGAAUUGGGAUGAGAGAGCUGAAAAUGUACAUAUUCGUCUUGUUGGUAAGAUGUUUAUGCUAAUUCUUUGUGUCAUAUAAACAGAGACAUGUUUGAAUUUAAAUGGUGUUGUUCUUUUUAUUUAAUCUGCAAAAGCCUGCGAUGUGUCUUUACCGUGUCUUCGUGCAGGGAGGCAAAGUUGACAGCCCUAGCAAUUUUAAAUCAGAGCCUGAACCUGAGGCUCAUAAAUACAAGUCAAUUGCAUCUUACUGUUGUUACAUAUCGACAUUAGGCUAUAUCGACAUUAGGCUACAUUUCAUAUUGUUUGAUCAAAACGGUGUACAUCCUCGUGAAUGGAUUGCCAGCACAACAUGCAUCUAGUGUCCCUUCCGAGAAUGGAUAUAGAAUUCCUAUGAUGACGUAAAGCGAACCUGGCUGGAACAGAGCCUUGAAAAUAGGGAACAAUUAUUACACAUAAUCUACAAUAGAACCCAAUAAUCUCUUUUACAUUGUUGCAGAUUUCUAUUCAGGUUUCUAUUAAUCUCUUUUUUACCUAGUUGUCCUGCAUACCUCACUUGUUCGUCUCUCUAUGUUGUGUGUCAUUCGUGUGACUGCCUGGCUUCAAGGCACAAUAAUCUUUUUUGCUGACUGUCUAUUUUGGAACACCGUUUUUGGGAAGAGAACUGUGAUUUGGCGGAAUGCGUAAAUUAGCCUCCUAAUUUGAACGCUUUCUUUCCUUUUGAAGCGUGAAUGUGAUAAAGACCGCCCGUUGCUCUACUGGUCACCCCCCAACAAGUUGCAACUAUUUUCCACGGUGGGCGUGGUUUACGUUUAUGAUCAAAAUGCCCUUUGGAAUCACUUACAGCUAGGUGAUUGAACGAAGGUGGGGUUAUUAUGACUCAUGGUCAGUCAUUUGAACAUUUAUUAUGAUGAUAUGUCGACCCUUUUAUUAGUAUAACUACAUUCAUUUCUUGAGGAAUGCAAUGAUUGCUGGAUAUGUAACCUUGUUUGCAAAAUGUUUUACAUUGUUACAGUAGGCCUACAUUAUUUUACUUUGUUACCAACACUCAUCCCUUGAUUGGCUACAUAAUGGCUGAAUUUCGACGUCAUUCCAAUCUCAAGAUUUGUGCCCAUGGACCUUUCAGGUUCAGCAUCCUGUUUGGUGGUUUAGUAACUGCCAUGUCAAACAAAGGUGGGUACUGCUGUAGCUGUUGUGUAAUGGCAAGCAAGGGAAAUUGUGUGUGUGUGUGUGUGUCUGUUGCUAGCUCCUGUAUGUCUGUCUGUUUGUGUAAGUUCAAGUUUUAUUGUCAUAUGCACAAGUACAGUGAAAUGCUCAACUUGCAUGUGCUACCCAACAGUGCAGUAAUCAAUAUCAAAAUAUACUGAACAAAAAUAUAAACGUAACGAUUUUACUGAGUUACAAUUCAUAUAAGGAAAUCAGUCAAUAAAUUCAUUAGGCCCUAAUCUAUGGAUUUCACAUGACUGGGCAGGGGCACAGCCAUGGGUGGGCCUGGGAGGGCAGGGGCACAGCCAUGGGUGGGCCUGGGAGGGCAGGGGCACAGCCAUGGGUGGGCCUGGGAGGGCAUAGGCCCACCCACUGGGAAGCUAGGCCCAGCCAAUCAGAAUGAGUUUUCCCCCACAAAAAGAGCAGAAAUACUCCUCAGUUUCAUCAACUGUCCAGGUGGCUGGUCUCAAAACGAUCCCACAGGUGAAGAAGCCGGAUCUGGAAGUCCUGGUCUGGCGUAGUUGCACGUGGUCUGCAGUUGUGAGGCCGGUUGGUCGUACUGCCAAAUUCUCUAAAAUGAUGUUGGAGGCGGCUUAUGGUAGAGAAAUGAACAUUCAAUUAUCUGGCAACAGCUCUGGUGGACAUUCCUGCAGUCAGCAUGCCAAUUGCACGCUCCCUCAACUUGAGACAUCUGUGCCAUUGUGUUGUGUGACAAAGCUGCACAUUUUAGAGUGGCAUUUUAUUGUCCCCAGCACAAGGUGCACCUGUGUAAUGAUCAUGCUGUUUAAUCUGCUCCUUGAUAUGCCACAUCUGUCAGGUGGAUGAAUUAUCUUGGCAAAGAAGAAAUGCUCACUAACAGGGAUGUAAAAAAAAUGUGUGCACAAAAUUGUAGAGAAAUAAGCUUUUUGUGUGGAUGGAACAUUUCUGGGAUCUUUUAUUUCAACUCAUGAAACAUGGGACCAAGACUUUACGUGUUGCGUUUUAUAUUUUAGUUCAGUAUAACUAAUACAAAUUAAAUAAUAAUAAUGAUGUGUGUGUGGAGAUAAAGGGAGUCAGAGCAGUAGGUCAAUCUGUGUGCUGAAGACUGUCCCUCUGGCGGCCCUGCCUAGCUGCCUGUCAAAGCCAUUUAAAAAAUAUCUCAAUCUGGAUUGAGUGACCUCCUCCUCUUGACCUCCCAUCAUGGUGAGUUAGUUGGUUGCCUCGGUCAAGCCGCCCCCACCCACCCUACACUAUACCCUCUAGAGCGCUUCUUCCCUAUACAGUGCACUACUUUUGACCUGGGCCCAUAGGGAUCUGGUCAAAAGUAGGGUACUAUAUAGGGAAUAGGGUGCCAUUUGGGAUGCAGUCAUUGAUAAAGGUGUUCAUCAUCAUAAUCCAUCUCCUGAAAUCAAUGGUUGAUAAUUGAAAAGGGCCACAAUGGUUUCCUCCCUGUCAACGGUUUCAUCAGGGACCAUCUUAUCAUCACUGAGAAGGAAGAAAUGUCUAUAUGUCAGCUAAGAUGGUGUUAUCAGAUGCAUUGUCCUUAGCAUCCUAUGCAUGCACAUAAACACACUUAUAUGCAUGGUCACACGCAUACACACACACACACAAACAUGUAGGCCUACACACAGACACAUACACAGUCACACUGACACACACACAGAGGGACUAACACAAUGUACACACACACACUCUCUCUACUGUUGUUCAAGUCAUUAAUCAGUGACAAAAUGAAGGAGAGUGUUUGACAAACCCGCCCCUGAUUUGUUCUGAUUCAGUGCGCACCCUAAAACAGAACUUAAAACAAGACUCCGUUUAUUAAGCAGAUUUGUCACGCCAGAUGGAGGGUAUAGCCAUCGCCGGCAAGAGAGAGCGAGACGAUCGCCUGGGUUUCUCUCUGCUGGCUGCUUAGUUAGCGUGAUACUUUUUACGCUGAUGUAACGUGACACUUUUUUGGGAUGAAGGUAGGUGUAAAGUGUUGUAAUUGACUUCCUCAAUGUAUUCAGGGUCUCUGGCAGUUUCCCAAAUGCUACCCUAGUCCCUAUCUAUUGCAAUACAUAUGGAAUAAAGUGCCAUUUGGGACGCAGCUUCGGGGUGGGAAGAGAGAAGCUCCUGCACUUAGGCCUACGCUACAUACAGCUGCAUACAUCCUAUCUUCAUUGGAUAUGCCACCUAGCUGAGAUCCGGCAUAUGGGCUGAGUGUGAUCAAUAAUGAAGGGACUUGCCAUAAAUUAUAGUUCUGGACUAAACAGAAUUAAUGGGAUAUGCCUGAUGUGUUAAGUCAGUUCACAAUAUUCGGUGUGAUACUAGUGACCUUAUGCCUCUUGCAUAUGACCAAAUAUGACUCUUAUUUUUCAAUUCAGUGCAGACAAGGCCUGAAUGUCAGGGUAUCUUAAACCAUAAGCCUUAUAAGUGUAUGGGCAAUUCCAUGUUAACAGAGUGAUGCUGGGACUCUAAAAUGUAUGUCAGACAACCAAUGAUUGCAAUGAUCAGUGGAAAUUGUUAAGAGUAGUCCUUGUGCAUAGAGUUGUAUGGAGUCUCAGCAUCACUCUGUUACUGUGGAAUUGCCCGAAUGCAAACAAGAACAUGAUUUGGUGAAUCAUAGCAAUAGGGUUAGUUUGAAUUGUGCAUUGCGUGGUAAAGGAAGUAGGCAUAUCUUCAGAAACAUGAUACACAUGUACAGAAUAGCUUAGCCUAGUUCUUCAGCCUCAAACACUCACCAGAAAUAAACAAAUACAUAAACAAGCAAUAAUAGUGUUGCAACCACCACAACAUGAAAUAUACGCCUAACAUCUAAGGGGCCUGUUUUUUCCUCACUAGAACAUCCCUGAGGCUAUGGACAUGAGCUAGGCCUAGCUACCUCUUCAGCUGUGGAUGAUUAGCUGCCUAGCAUGCAGUGUAUCCCCCUGUCUGUUCUGUCUGUCUCCAUCGAUUGAGAGUCUAAUCUCUAGUCUGAGACAGUCCUCCUGCUGUUCUCUGGGUGUUGAUAAUAUAACAGGGAGCUGAAGUUUUGUGUGUGGGGGUGGGUGGGGGGCACAGAUAAAAUGAAGUCAAAUCAGACAGUCAUUAGGAUGCUGCUCACAUUGACACGGGACAGUGCCAUUGUCUCCUGAGUGGCGCAGUGGUCUAAGGCACUGCAUCGCAGUGUUAACUGUGCCACUAGAGAUCCUGGUUCGAAUCCAGGCUCUGUCGCAGCCGGCCGCGACCGGGAGACUCAUGGGCGGCGCACAAUUGGCCCAGCGUCGUCCAGGGUAGGGGAGGGAAUGGCCGGCAGGGAUGUAGCUCAGUUGAUAGAGCAUGGCGUUUGCAACGCCAGGGUUGUGGGUUUGAUUCACAUGGGGGGCCAGUAUAAAAAAAAAAGAUGUAUUCAGUAACUGUAAGUCGCUCUGGAUAAGAGCGUCUGCUAAAUGACUAAAAAAUGUUAAAAAAAAAAAAUGUAAUGUAGCCUAAGCCAACGAGUAGGUACCUAGGUAAGGGAACCAACCAAUGCACUGAUUGCCAGGCAGCAACCCAGCCAUUGAUGGGGCUUGUUACAGUAUUGGCUGCCUGUCAGCUGUCACGGCAUGUGAUGUGUGAGAAGCGAGCACUACAAGGUCAAUGUUCCAGGAAAUGUUUUUGCAAAUCCUCUCCUCGUUCUUUGUGUGUGUAGCUGUGUGUGUUUUGCUCCAUCCAUGCUGAUGUCCUUGUCCCUCCUCCCCUCCACAUCCUCUCCCAACCUCACAUCCGCCACUCUAUAUAGUGCUGCUUUUCAUUUCACCAUAAUACUAUGCUAUCCAUCAACUUCCUGUGAAUAUAAUUGUGCUCCUUGUACGUUUCACUCUGUUGAUCUUCUCAACAAUAUGCGUUAUGCACACCCACUCUAAGUCCGCAAAUGAGCCUGGAGAAAUGUGAUUGCGUGGGGGAGAAAUUAUCACCAGUCUUUCGUACAUUUCUAAAGGGUUCUAAUGUUAAUGUAGCUGUGAAAUAGGCCUACUCUGCCUCAGUUCAAGAGCUGCCUCCAGAUGCUAUCAAAUAGCUCAGGACUGACUCAUUCUCACACUCAAUCGCCAAUACCAGUUCUGUCUCGUCUUAACUACUUAUUUUUUGCAUACAGUUAGUUCAUACUCACAUGUUGUCUCACAAAUAGAUGAGUUUUCAAAUCCUGUUUAGUAUCUAGCAUUUUAUCAGUCAUGCUAUUGUGAGAAGCAGGCUAUGGUUCAGUGGAUAGCUAUUCAAUCCCACAUGAGUAAGUUGGACCUUAAAGCUCCCCGUUCAUUCUGCACGGUGGUUGCUCCAGUGCCUCUCCUCUCAAGUCUCCACUCUCCCUAACUGAGAUGCCCUAGCCAAGGGAAGGAGCAGUGGAGCAAUAUCGGAUGAGUGAACAGGUGGAGAAAAGAGGCCGGCCCUGAGAUGCCGAUUCUUUAAUUACUCCUCACUGUCAUCUCCACACGCCCGCCCUUUAGUCUCCGACCGAGGGGACGUCACCUUGUCAUCAUCUCAACAGCAUCCGUCCGCACCACGGCCACCAGCCUCCCACCUCCCACACCUAGAGACAGAAGGAGUAAAGGGGAUGCCCCCUAUAGAGUUAAUCAGUCAUGCAGACAGAGUAAUAAGGAAAAAAAGAUGACUCUUCACUUUGUACUGUAACUUCUGUUCUUUUACAUUCCACCUUUUUUUAAUGGAAAUUUACCACGAGAAUGUGCUGAAUUCCUGUCACGCCCACCUUACGAGGGAUCCAGCAGGGAAUUGGAAAUGAGAAAACCGAAACCCGACAGGUGCUUGUUUUGAUAUCCCGUUAUAUCACUCAUCACUGUGAUUUGAUGAAUGGGUAAAUCCAUUUGAAUUCAAUCACCUCUUUUGAUUGGAACGAAACCUUCCAUACAUAUUUGCCCAUUGUAGAAGUGCUCAGAAAGCUACUUUUUGGACCUGAAUGCCAAAACAUAGAUAAAGGUGCUCAAAGUUGACCCAUUUUGCAUACCCCACCAUACCAUGAAAUAUCCAUGUCUUCAUCACUGGAAAAGAUAAAAGGUUGAAAUUGAUAUAAUUUAAAAGCUUACAAACAGGGUUGUCAAACUAUUUGAUCAUUUUCUGGAGACUAAUAAUAAUAAUAAUAAUUUUAAAAAGGCAUUUUAACCUUUUAACGUAAAAUAUCUAAACUCAAACUCCAAUUUUAUUUCAUAUUCACAUAUGUUGUAGCUUAGACCCUAUUUUACAUAAUCUAAUGCGUUUGUGUUGUGCCCACCAUUGAGACCCUCAGUCUCACACAAUGAGAUGACUCAGUCUUUGUUUCACCUUUGAUGCUGACCACAUACAUAGGGUUUUGUCUUGCACAUGAGGUGUCUGACAUCUCAUAUCACAAAAAUGACAAUUUUUCCGCACUGAAGCAUCCAAUGUGUGAGUUAUUCUGAAUGUGAGUCGGCCACUGAAUUAAUACAGUGAAUGAAUGAAUAAAAUACAGUAUUUAUCCAUCUCUAUGUCUGCAGGUGUGCCUGGUGUCUGUGCUGCAGGCGGUGGUGAAGGUCUCUCCUCUGAUAGAGAAGGUCAGUGACCACAAGGACUUCAAGAAACUCCUGAGGACCCGAACUAAUGUCCUGGUGCUCUACACUAAGUCAGGUGGGUUUGAACCAAUGUCCUGGUGCUCUACACUAAGUCAGGUGGGUUUGAACCAAUGUCCUGGUGCUCUACACUAAGUCAGGUGGGUUUGAACCAAUGUCCUGGUGCUCUACACUAAGUCAGGUGGGUUUGAACCAAUGUCCUCGUGCUCUACACUAAGUCAGGUGGGUUUGAACCAAUGUCCUCGUGCUCUACACUAAGUCAGGUGGGUUAGAACCAAUGUCCUGAUGCUCUACACAAAGUCAGGUGGGUUAGAACCAAUGUCCUCGUGCUCUACACUAAGUCAGGUGGGUUAGAACCAAUGUCCUGGUGAUCUACACUAAGUCAGGUGGGUUAGAACCAAUGUCCUGGUGAUCUACACUGUCAGGUGAGUUAGUGGUUCUAUGUCCCCAAGCUUAUAGACUAGCCAAAAAAAAAGGCUUUGUGAAGUCUGUAUUCAUAAAGCCUCUCAGAAUAGGAGUGCUGAUCUAUGAUCAGCUCCAUGUAAUCUUAUUCAUUAUGAUCUAGGCUAAAAGGCUAAACUGAUCCUAGAUCAGCACUACUCUGAGACGGUUUGUGAAUACGGUCCCCAAGCUGCCUUUUUCAGUGUAAAUGACCUAAAUGUGACCUUAUCUGUAGUGUUCUCUUAUCUUAUCUCUGACAAUCUGUCACUUAUAAUGGUAAAUGAAUAACAUUGUGGAAGGGCAGUGAUUAUGCAUCACACUGCUUGUUUCUAAUGACCUGUAGCUUAUCAUGUUCUCUUCUAUUCCCUGGAUUUGGAAGUACUACAUAGAACAGUGUACUGAACAGAAAGACACUCAAAAGCUCAAUGUGAUCAAAUGAAGCCAUGAAACUGCAUUCACUGACAGCCAUUAGGGAAAUCACCCUCUUGCAUUUAAUUACAUUUUCAUUUGCAUAUUUCAGGCCAGUAGAAAGUGCAGUGCAGUGCACUCAUAGGCUUGUGUGCAUGCGUGCUGCUCUAUGCUGAUGUUCAUAAACAAUCUCCCUCUCAAGGCCCCACCGCUCCCAUGAAUUGUGUGUGUGUGUGUGUGUGUGUGUGUGUGCCGUGUACGUACGGCUCCACUCCAGAUGUAUUUGUUUCAUCAUUCAUGAGCCAUUUCAGCCAGUGUUAGGUCAUUGGAUAAGACUUGCACGUAUCGAACGUCACACUGGGAUUGAUUGCUUGCCGUUGCCGUGGUGCUGCAUUCUGGCAUUCUCCAAAGGGAAGGUUUAGAAGGUUUACUCAUUUGAUUUCCUGCUGUCGGAUCCUCUCAUUGACCGCCACUGGCACAUCACUUGGUUCCUUUACAGCAGGGGCCCAAAAAGCUCCAGAAUUGUCUGUCACAGAUACUAAGUGUUCCGGUGCUUCCCAGUGCCCCAUCUGCCCAUCAACUGUUCUGAGACCCCAGCACCAACUUCAGGAAAAGUCCCUUGAGUAACUCGAAUCUGCAAGCAAUCUGAACUCACCAUAUAUGGUGAUCUCUAAUCUGACACCAGUGCCAAAUGUUUGAAUUACCACCAACCAACCUGGUGUGAGUCAGGACCUCCAGAGGACAAUGGCAAUGCCCCAAAACGAAAAAUAGAGGAGGUGUCCAACAGAGCCAGAGGAAUUGUCCAACACAUAAUACUACAAGUGUUGAAGGGGUUGUAAAAGUGAUGUAUUGUUGUUCAACAGAGAUGAAAGAAUCACGGUGUGCUUACUUUACUUCUCUGAGUCCACAUUGUAUCUCAAAGGAGAUUGUGUAAUGCUGUACUGUAUUGUUGUAAUGCAGUUGAUUACAGUUUAUUAUUUGAUGGUUUCUCACUAGGCCUUGGACUAUGAUGUGUUUAUGAUUUUCAUAACAUGGUGGAAAUAGUUUAGUGAUGACUCUGUUAGGUAAUGUGUUAGGUAAUGUGUAGAAUGUGUGAAUCGUAGAUUCUGCUCUCCCAGAGACUAGGUCUAUUUAAGUAACACUAGGGUAAUUUCCAUGGAUACAGUACCAUUGUGUGGUAGAUGUUUGAGUUCACAGUCCAUGUUUUUAGUGUUAUGACUCCAACCUUCAUUGAAUUCUAACUAGGAUAUUAAAAAUCCAGCCACUUUCCCAGGUUCUCCAGAAACCCUAGUUGGAAGUUUCCCGGAAUAGGCAGGAAAUCCGGAAUCCUACAACCAGGAUUUCUGGAGAAAGAAAAAUUGGGAGAAAGUUAGAAUAGAAUUGCAACCCUAAUUAUAACCUAUUGUUAACUGUGUAUUAUAAGGUGACCUGAGUAGUAAAACUGAAUUGUGUUUUUGUGAAAUAUAGGCCUAACUCCACCCCUCUUAUCUUGUGUGUAUAAACAGCUACCUCCGGGGACUCUAAGUUCAAGUUGCUGUCUGACGUGGCCCAGGUCGUCAAAGGACAGGGCACCAUCGCCUGGGUCAACUGU